AAAUGGCUGACAAUGUAAAUCCUCCCAAGAAAAAGAAAUUGCCACCAGUUACACAGGAAUCAGAAGACACUGAUGCUCAGAAAAGACCAGUAAGAAAGAAGAAAAAGAAACCAACCGAAGCAACUGAAAAUGGCGAGACCGGAUCAACGGUCACUACUCCUAAAAAGAAGAAAGCACCUGUCGCAACAGAAGAUGGAGAAAAACCAACGCCAAGGAAAAGAAAGAAACGCAAACCACCAGAACAGAUUGAAGAUGGACAACCUACAUCAGCAAGAAGUGGUGCUAGUCAAGAGGAAGUUGGUGGUAGUAAAACAAGCUUAAUAUCUAAAGAUGAUAAAAAGACCACACCAAAGAAAAAAGUUAAGAAAAAAGUGAAGAAAGCAUCACCUAGAGUUGGAGAUGAGUUUAUGGAUGCAGCAUUUGCUGCAGACUUGUCUACCAUACAAGAAGAUAUUGUAACACCAGACGACAAGAAAGAUGAGGAUGUUAUACCUCACCCCUACUCUACAGAAUCUAUUGUACUCAAAAGUCAGCCAUUAGAUAAUCUAUUUAUAGAAACUAAUUCUGGAUUUAAAAGAGAAAACAAAACAAAACUAGCAAGGAAAUGGGCUGAAGAAGAAAAAUUUAAACAGGAAGAUCAACCAGAAGGACCUGUUAGCUCUACCAUUGAAUUUGCACUUAGCACACAUAAUGUUUUUAAAACUUUCUGUUUAUUUAUUCAUGGACUAACUGCAGGAAUUGCCAUGUGGCAUAUAACUACUGUUUAUGUACUUUUAUAUCAUAGUGACCUUGACUUCCUGUCACAUUACCGUCCUCUAGCACUUCCUGUACAGUGUAUGUUCUACAUAUUGUUAGUGCUCUGUACCAUUUCUGCCUGUGAUAGAUUUGAUAUUGCAAACCCCACAAGACGAUUUCUACUACGAUCUUUUACUUUACAAACAGGGACAGUUUCUAUCGUUAUAUACUUUGCAGCAUUGAUAUUGAGUCUUAGUAUAGCAAAUAUUGAAGACAGAAUGAAUCUCUAUAACAGAUAUCCAGAUCUGUGGUUAGAUCCAGGGGAAACCUCAUCAAAAAUAGAAUUAUGGACAAAUAUAAAUACUGCAAGAGGAUGUUUAACAAUUUUGGCUUGGAUUGUUUUAUCUAUUACCUCAACUACAGACAGAUUGGGACAAAUGCUUAAAGAGGGAGAUGAUUUUAUUAUUGGAGACACUGUUGAAUUAGCCAAUCCUGCAUGAACUAUAACAUGAUGGUGCUAAGGGGAGAUAAUGAUAAACUGUGAUAUAUAGUUGUUAAUAAUCUAUUGUAAAAGUGUUUUAUAUUUUAUAUAUUUAAUAUGUGAGAUACAUCUGUCAUGACUGUAAUGAUUAUAGUAAAUUUUAUUAGCAAAGAACCAUGGACAAUGUAUUAAUUGCAAAAGUAACUGCUCAGUAAUUAGCUUGCAAAAUAUCUUUGCAUUGACAAGAAGAUGAUAUUUAGAAUUUUUUAAAUGAGGUAUUUAGCAAACAUUAAAGUAUGAUCUGUGAGGUGUAUACGUCUGUUAGUGAGAUAAUCAUGUAAUGAAUAAACAAAUAUUUAAACAAAA